UUUCAAUUUUCAUAGAUAAAAGGCGUUGUAGAAGAAAGCUGAAAGCUCAUCUUUCGGUAAAAUAUCUGAUUGAUGACGGCUGCUAAUACUAAAUAUCGGUAAUAUUAGCCGAUUAGCUAAAUACUCCCUCUUAUAGUGUAGUGAUUCUAUCACUAGCAGUGUUUUGUGAUAAAGUGUCUAUAAAAGCCUAAAACUGGUGUUCGACAAGUCACUUGGCAAUAUGCCUGCCGUCAGGGGAGAUGGAAUGCGAGGGCUCGCAGUCUUCAUAUCAGACAUAAGAAACUGUAAAAGUAAAGAAGCCGAAAUAAAAAGAAUCAAUAAGGAGUUGGCGAACAUUCGAAGUAAGUUCAAAGGUGACAAAACACUCGAUGGCUACCAAAAGAAGAAGUAUGUCUGUAAAUUGCUCUUCAUCUUCCUCCUCGGUCACGAUAUUGACUUCGGGCACAUGGAGGCCGUCAACCUGCUCUCCUCCAACAAGUAUUCUGAAAAACAGAUAGGCUACCUCUUCAUAUCUGUGCUGGUGAACACCAACAGUGAUCUGAUCAAACUCAUCAUCCAAAGCAUCAAAAAUGACUUGCAGUCACGCAAUCCCAUUCACGUCAACCUCGCGCUGCAGUGCAUUGCUAACAUUGGCAGCAAAGACAUGGCUGAGGCAUUUGGAACUGAGAUUCCCAAACUCCUUGUUUCUGGAGAUACCAUGGAUGUGGUGAAACAAUCUGCUGCUCUCUGUCUGUUGAGACUUUUCCGAAAAUGUCCAGAAAUCAUCCCAGGUGGAGAAUGGACUUCUAGAAUUAUUCAUCUACUGAAUGAUCCUCACAUGGGGGUGGUGACUGCAGCCACAUCACUCAUAGAUGCCCUGGUCAAGAAGAAUCCAGAUGAGUACAAAGGCUGUGUCACUCUAGCAGUUGCCAGACUGAGCCGCAUUGUCACUGCCAGUUACACAGAUCUGCAAGAUUAUACAUACUACUUUGUGCCAGCUCCAUGGCUCUCGGUCAAGUUGUUGCGCCUACUUCAAAAUUACACUCCCCCUUCAGAGGAACCAGGUGUUAGAGGCCGUCUCUCAGAGUGUUUGGAAACUAUCUUCAACAAAGCACAAGAACCUCCAAAAUCCAAAAAAGUACAGCACUCAAAUGCUAAGAAUGCAGUUCUUUUUGAAGCUAUCAGUCUGAUCAUACACAAUGACAGUGAACCUAACUUGUUGGUCCGAGCCUGCAACCAGCUAGGCCAGUUCCUGAGCAACCGGGAAACAAACUUGCGGUACCUGGCUCUGGAGUCUAUGUGUCACCUUGCUACUUCAGAGUUUUCACAUGAGGCAGUCAAGAAACACCAAGAAGUGGUAAUUCUGUCAAUGAAAAUGGAAAAGGAUGUUUCAGUUAGGCAGCAAGCUGUAGAUUUGCUCUAUGCCAUGUGUGACAAAACAAAUGCAGAAGAAAUUGUCCAGGAGAUGUUGGCUUAUUUAGAAACUGCUGAUUACUCUAUCAGGGAGGAAAUGGUACUAAAGGUUGCUAUAUUGGCAGAGAAGUAUGCUACUGACUUUACCUGGUAUGUGGAUGUGAUUCUAAAUCUUAUUAGAAUUGCUGGAGAUUAUGUCUCGGAAGAGGUGUGGUACAGAGUGAUCCAAAUCGUAAUUAACAGAGAAGAGGUGCAGGGCUAUGCUGCUAAAACAGUAUUUGAGGCUUUACAAGCACCUACUUGCCAUGAAAAUAUGGUGAAAGUGGGAGGAUAUAUCCUGGGAGAAUUUGGUAACUUAAUUGCUGGUGAUACCCGCUCAUCUCCUCGGGUGCAGUUUGAACUUCUUCACUCUAAAUAUCACCUCUGCUGUGCAGCUACCAGGGCUCUCUUAUUAUCAACUUACAUAAAACUUGUCAACCUCUUCCCAGAGAUUAAAAACCGUGUACAGGAAGUUUUCCGUGCUGAUUCUAACUUGCGUUCAGCUGAUGUUGAGCUACAGCAGAGAGCAUCUGAAUAUUUACAGCUCAGCAUUGUGGCCAGUUCAGAUGUAUUGGCUACAGUCUUAGAAGAAAUGCCGGCUUUCCCAGAACGAGAGUCUUCUAUCCUUGCUGUCCUGAAAAAGAAAAAGCCUGGCCGCAUACCAGAUGAUGUUAGAGAAUCAAAGAGCCCACAACCCACACAACUGGCUACCACAGUGACUGUGAAUGCUACUAACAACACAAACAACUCCAGUGCAGACCUGCUGGGUUUGUCCACUCCCCCGGGCACCACAGCCCCCCCGGCUGGCAAUGGACUGCUUGAUGUCCUCGGAGAUCUAUACAACACCAACAAAACCAGCCCCAGCACUGUUCAACAGAACAACAUCAAGAAGUUUUUGUUCAAGAAUAAUGGUGUUCUCUUUGAGAAUGAUCUGAUCCAAAUUGGAGUUAAGAGUGAAUAUAGGCAGAACCUAGGAAGAAUCGGAUUAUUUUAUGGCAAUAAGACACAGUUUCCUAUUCAAAAUGUUCAUCCUGAAUUACACUGGGCAGACUCAUCCAAACUUAAUGUACAAAUGAAGCCAAUGGAACCUGUUUUAGAAGCAGGUGCUCAAAUUCAGCAAAUGAUUACAGCUGAGUGUAUUGAAGACUACACUGACACACCCAGCAUGUCUGUCUCAUUUGUAUACAACAAUGUCCCCCAAAAGAUAACUAUGAAAUUGCCAUUAACAUUGAACAAGUUCUUUGAACCAACAGAAAUGAAUGGAGAGUCCUUCUUUGCUAGAUGGAAAAACCUAGGAGGCGACCAACAAAGGGCUCAAAAAAUAUUCAAAGCCCAAGGAGCCAUUGACCUGGCGAGUACGCGAGCUAAACUUGCUGGUUUCGGAAUGCAGCUACUAGAUGGCAUUGAUCCGAACCCUGACAACUUCGUAUUAGCUGGUAUAGUACACACAAGAAUCCAGCAAGUGGGCUGCCUAAUGAGAUUGGAACCCAAUAAACAGGCUCAAAUGUACCGACUGACUGUGCGGUCCAGCAAAGAAACGGUCUCUCAAGAAGUUUGCGACCUACUUGCAGACCAAUUCUAAUUUGUUUUUAUUUUAUAUAAUCAAAUUUUCGGGAAGUUCACACUGUAGUUAAAUUGCUGUGCAAAUGUUAAAUAGUACACACUUGUGAACUUGGCACCUAAUGGACGUAUACAGUAAUCUCUUUGUAAUUAUAUUAAUUUUAAUUCACGGGAAAAUAUUUGUAAGACAGAGUCUAAUGUACAAUUUCUUCCUUUAUUGGUUGAGCGUAUUAUGGUAUAUCACUGAUGUAUAAGGCCAUAACAAUCAACGAAGAUGCUCUAUUCCAUUGACAAAUAGUUAAUCAUAAGUUGAUGAAGGAGGGUUUUAUUGGUUUGGUUUAGUUUAUUAUUCAGCAUAGAUUUCAUUGCAAUAUUCUUUGAUACUAUACUAAUUCAUACACAAUAAUAAGUUCAUAAUGAAUGGUUUAUUGUAUUGCGCAUAUAUAUUGGGGUAUAGAUGUACCAAAAAGUAGAAUUAUUUGUAUAUAAUUUCAUAUGAUUGGUGAGGUAUCUAAUUAUAGUUUAAUGAUUAUCAAACAAUUAGGUAUUUAACUAUCAAUUGGGCCAAUAUGUAUUCAGGUCUUUUGCACAGUUAGCUAAUAAAUGUACAGUUUCCUUUCCGUAACAGUUCAUAUUGCAGUUUACAUCUGUUCAUUUUAAAUACCAAUACCAAAGUAUUAUCUAAUAUUUCUGAAGUCGAAAGUGAAAAACAAAAUUAUUAUUUACCCAUGUAUUUUUAUAGGUCUAAAUUGUGGGUUAUUUUUAAUCAUUGUAUUUUGAUGUUUAUAUUUUUACAAGCUUAUAUUAUGUUCCUGUUAAUAGUUAACAAUCUAGAGUUACGGCGGUAUCUAUGAGACCUAAAUCUCUUUUAGAAGUUGUUUGUAAUUUGAAAUAAUGUUGCUUCCAGGCAGUCAUGUAAUAAAUUACAUCCAAUGUUAAUCACUGACAUUCCUGUGUAUAGGUACUAAAAUAGAUGUGUAUCCAGUAAUUAAUGUAGAAAAUGUUGAGAUUGUUUUAUAUUCUCUAUUUACAAUUAUUUUGCAGCUUUCAUGAUAUAAAAUCAUCUCAUAUCUGAAAUGUAUAUAAAUAAAUAUGAUCCUAACAUCUUGAAAUGUAUCAAAUGUUACAAUAAUAAUAUGUAGUGAUCAUCUUUAGUUAAUUAUUGGUGUUUGAAGAUUUUACAAACACAAGUUAUCGAGAUUUUAAUUUGAAAUAGGAAUCUCACUGUAAUCGAUUUGUUUGAUAUUUUCACGAAGUGUAGGCUGUAGGUAUAGGAUAUUAUAGCGUUGCCGUUAUAUUAUUGUAUGGUACUGACAUGAAAUGUUACAACUUAGAAUGCUGAAGCUUUGAUUGCAUGUUAGUUUAAUAAAAAAGAGUAAUAUGGAAUAAAAUUAAUAUAUCACUCAUUGUUUAAAAUAUUAUUAAAUAUGAUAAUCUUGUUAAGAUUUAUAGUACCUAUAACAAUAUAUGUAUAUUGAGAACUAUGAAACGAAGCGAACAUGUAGGUAAGUUUAUAUCUACUUACAUAUUUGAGCUCUAUGUAAUGUGUGUUAUGUUAGUUAUGUAUGUAUCAUAAUUCAUAUAUCUGCAUGAGUUAAUUCAGGUGUGAUUUGUUAUAGAAAUAGAAAGUUGCCGCGCUUUAAAAUCACAUUGUAAUUGUCUAAAAUAAAUAUUUAUCCAAUAUACA